UUGUUCCCGGGUCGCUGGUCGCUGGAUGUCGCUCGUUUCUGAGGCAUGAGAUCUUUUCUCCAACAUCGUCGGCUGCAUCUCAUCCGGCAGCAUGUCGUUUUCAUGGCUUAGUUCUAUUCUUUGUUGCGGCGCCGACGAGAAGCCUCGUCCGAGUAUUGAGAGGAACAUCGUCGUCUUACGGGACCAACCCACCCUCAUCCCACGGCCAUCGGCAGAGCCGCUAUGGUCGAGCGAGAAGACGUAUGAGAAGACGUUCGAGCAGGAGAGGGAGAGGGAGAGGCAGGAGGGGCAGAGGGGAAGAAAGAGGGAGAGGUCACGGUUGAGGAAGCCGGCGAGACAGGAGAGCAGCUCGACAAGCAGGCACUGGUUCAGAUCUCCGUCGUCCACACGACGCUUGCAGAUAUCAGGGCCGACAGACUUUCGGCACCUGCAUUCCGAUGCGUUCCAGGCUCCGCAGAGGCGCUCCCGUCGGUUCUCAUUCCGGCCGAUCGAGUUGAGCAUAUACCAACCCCACAACCGGCUUUCGCCGAUCCUCCCGCAUCUCGACUGUGACGACGAAUUUGUUACGCCGCCGCCCCGCGCCUACACCGGCGGCAGCUCAAAAUGGGAUUCCAGCAGCGGCACGACGCUCAACAACGAGAGGAGCUAUUCGUCCAUGUCAUUCCAUCUCCCCCGCCGUCAUACGCGGCAGGAGUCCGGCAUGUCUGAUGCGAGUCUGACACCGCCAAGAAUACCCCCAAAAUCAAGGGCGCGGGCCAACACUGCCCCUAGCACGGAACGCCUUGUCGAUCGCAUUGCGAGCGCUCUUGUCGAAAAGGAGCGCCUACAGGCUGAGAUCAACUCACUGAUCGAGCGGCAGAGCAUCUAUUUCAACAGCCGCCCGUCGACGGCGUACGACGUGCGAGGUACAUGUUGCCUGGCCCCUACCGCGCGAUCUCUACUCACAUUCCCAGGCCUCGAGCCGAUGCCGUCCAUACCGGCUCUUCCAGCGGCAGCACCAUCUUUCGCCGAGCGCCUCAGCAUCGACGGCCGGCCGCGUACUGCUCCCUCGAACAUAGGUGGCAUGAGUGCCCAGGAAGAGGCUGUUGAGCUGGCGACAGCAGCAUUUCCUUCCCCGCCACAUCGGGCCACGCACGCUUAUAACCAUGGGGAGAGUAGCCAGUCAGAAGAACAAGACGAUGACCUCUACCGACCUUUAGCCCCACCGCUCCCGCUUGUUCUCCGCCCGCCCCUCCGCAAGAAGAAGUCCUUUUCCCGCGUCUCAAAUUGGCUUUUCAAUCCAGAAGAUGGCCAGCAGCAGCAGCAGCAGCAGCACAACCAUGGUUUGGAGAGCACCGGGUCGUCACCGACCUAUUUCACCGCUACCGGCACGAUCACCACUACCCCCACCGCCACCUUUACCCCGCGCCCGCUCAAGGAGGGCGACGGCUUCUACCAGUGUGUCGCCCCUCCUGGAGGAAUGCCGCGUACUAGCAUGGAAACGGCUUCGUCGGUGUAUACCUGGGACACGAAUGAAGAUGGCGACACCAAGACCUUGCCGACCAACCUGACCACCGCGGCGAGCACCCCAAGGGUAAAGCAGGGCGCUGGAUCGAGACAUACCACCCCAGUUAUUGGCUCUUCAAGGGGGUUUGAAGGGACGGUGAAUGGACAGGGGUUUAAUCUGCAGGCUGGUGGGGAUAAUGUGAUGCCUAACGGACACCGGCCGCUGAGCGUGGGUGUUGCGUUUUGAUAUUUCUUUUUUUGAUAUGGCCUUGUAAAAUGCACGAUGGGUAAGGAUGGGACAGAUGGAUGGAUCACCGGCAACGUCUACAGUACCAGACGAUGGACGUCGAGCGAGGCUUGGCGCUCUGGACUGGAUGGCCUGCUUGGGUUGGGUUGGGUCAGGUUAAGGGUAAUGGAGGGCGUAUAUUCUGUUCUUGGUUACUUUACCUAUGAUACCAUGGCGUUUUGUGUUGUGUCAAGGGAGAUAGAUAUACCAUGGGUUGAGACUCGCAGCUAUUGUUUGGAACACUCGUGGAGCCGAGUGCCCUGCGCUGCUACUAUAAAAUGGAAAGGUGUGUAAGUUGGAGAAAUGUCUUGAUAAGGUCAAUACCAAUCGUGCUGCAACUCAGUAGCCGCC